AUGGUUCUCUACCGGUCACCUGCCGUCCGGUCGUUUUUCUCGGCUCAGUCGAGACGGUUCGCGGCUCCCAGAGUACCGACUGCCCGAGCAUGGCAGCGAGUUUCUCGACGAGGUUACGCCGACCACGCCGGCCAUGAAUCUCAUGAGGCUGGAAGUGAUAUGCCAUGGUUGCUUGGUUCCGUCGCAUUCACUCUCCCGGCAGCAUACUACCUUUACCAGUCCGGCCCCGCUGGAAGGACUGGCCACGGCGACCACGGACACGUUGAGCACGCCGUUGAAAAAGUGAAGGAAGCCGUCAGCGAGCCAGUCAAGGAGGAGGCCAAGCCAGAGCCAGUUGCCGAGCCAAAGGCCGAGUCUGAAGAGCCCAAGUCUGAGGAACCAAAGUCCGAGGAGGAGCCAAAGUCUGAAGAGGCACCAAAGGCCGAGACCGAAGAGGAGAAGCCCAAGGAAGAAGAAAAGCCUGCCGAAACUCCUGCUGAGAAGUCCGAGGAGGCCGAAAAACCAUCUCCCCAGGAAGAGAAGAAGCCCGCUGAGACUGAAGACAAGACUCCUAACCCAAGGGAUCCAUCCAAGGAGCCAGCCUCUAAAUCCAGCUAG